GUCCCGAAAAACCUUAAACCUGUACAGAAACCUCCAAACGGUCCCAAAAAACAUUAAACCCGUACAGAAACCUAGUCCAUUAGCAAGAAUCCCAGGCACAGUCGUGUACGGAGAUAAACAGCAGAGUAUCUUCAACAACAACAAAAAGAAAAGGAAAAUGGGAGGGAGAGGAAGAGGAAACAGGUCACCAACUCAAAAAAAGCACUUUCGUGAUGGCAGAGAGAAUGUCUGGAAACGCCACAAAUCUGACAGUGCCUCUUCUGAUCCCAACAGCAACAGAAACUCUGAGAAUAAGACUCAUUGGCAGCCUUUUACAACUCAAAAUCCUGGCUUUGAUGAAUACUACGAGGAGCAAGGGAUAGUGACACCAGAAGAAUGGGAUACCUUUGUGGAAGUUCUUAGAACACCCUUGCCUGCUGCUUUUAGAAUCAAUUCAAGAAGCCAGUUUUGUGAAGAUAUCAAAUCGCAGCUAGAGAAUGACUUUAUGAAUUCUCUAAAAGCAGAGUUAACCUACCACUGAUGGUGAUGAAGUGGAGGCUAUCAGACCAUUGCCUUGGUACCCUGAUAAUCUUGCUUGGCAUUCAAAUUUUUCCCGGAUGCAGCUAAGGAAGAACCAAACCCUUGAGAGAUUCCAUGAGUUCUUAAAGCUAGAAAAUGAAAUUGGAAACAUCACCAGACAGGAGGCUGUCAGCAUGGUGGGCAAGUCUACUUUCGGGUUUAUAUAAUGAUUUUCCUACCUGAUGGAAUGGUUUUUUUUUUCCUUUUUUGUUUCACAUUCUGCUCAAUUGUAUUACUUGUUUCAUUUUGCUUAAUCAUCUCUUUACCCUGAAUUGUAUCAGUACUUGGAAACUCCUAUUUGAUUUAUUUGAUUCACUUCGUUUUAA